AUGGAUCAUUCGGAAAAGCCCAACCUACGUUUAAACUCGAUUGACAAGCAGCCUUUUGAAAAAGAGUUGACUGCAUUGUCGCCUUCAACACCUUCCGGUGUGGCAGCCACGCUCUUGUCCGACUCUUUAUUUCCACCCAAAAAACCAAAAUCUCCCAAUGCCAUGGACGACGACAAUGACAGCGAUUCCGACGCCUCUGAGAAUGGUGGCACCGGCAGCAGCAAAAAGGACCCAUUAGCAACACAAGUGUGGCGGCUAUAUACCAAGGCAAAGGACACCUUACCUAAUGCUUCACGCAUGGAGAAUUUGACGUGGCGAAUGAUGGCCAUGACACUCAACAAGCACAAGCUAAAGUCGUCGUCACCUUCCACACCACGUUCAGAGAAAGGCGACGAGCAUAUGGAUACUACCGAGUCUUUGGAAUCACCCUCUUCUACAAGUCAUGCCACUUCACCACCAGCUCCAGAUGAUAGCACUGAACUUUUAUCAUCAUCAGCACCGCCUUACAUGAUUGAUUUCCUUAGCGGUGGUCCUCCAUUUCAAAGAUCGGGUAGCCCUGGCAUUGCAACCCCACGGCAAAAUAGACAUCCUUCUCAACAAUAUCCACGAAAUAAGAGCGUGUUUGUGUACGGCUCCACUCGUGCAACAUCAUCUUCAUCAUCGGCCGCGGCUCCGUCAUCUCCGUCCCACGUUGCAUCACCCCAAAGUGUUACGGACAACAGUGGAUCUUAUUUUGCACUAGCAACGGCACCUAGCAACAACAAUAGCAACAGCAUCACUAUCCCUGUUGACAUGCCAACCGAUUCAGAUAUGGAACAAGAUCAUCACCAUUACCAUGAACCCACCUCGCCUUUCUCAGGAACAGGUUCUAUCGACACAAAUAGCUUUCUCAGCCAUUCAAUGCCAGCAUAUCAUCAUGUCAAUUCAAUGCAUGGUCAAAGCUUAUUACUUCAACACCCGCAUCAUCCUACUACUACUACCACCACUACCACCACAACAACAACGGAUAUCAACACGCAUCAUCAGACCUCGCAGGCGCGGUCUUCACAUCCUGUUUUGAUUCCAACAUCAACAACUCUUAAUAAUGCCAAUCCUACGUCUCAUCAUCCUGCCUCUAUGAAUUUGGAUGCAGCUGCUGCGGCUGUAGCUGCUGCUGCUGCAAGUCGUGGUAUUCAUCCAGGUGCAAUGAGCUUUGAAGAUUUACUCUCAAUGUAUUAUGCUGGUGGAAACAAUGCUACUGCUGCUGGUGCUGGUCAUGGUGCUGUCACGUCACCUGGAGUAGAAACAAGCAUGUUAUCAUCUCUUAUUGCUGGUCAAAAUUCUGCUACAACGCAUACAAAUGAUUCAUUUCAUACUCCUGUGACAUCAUCAUCAGUUCCACGACCCAUUGUUCCUCAAACACCACCUCCACCACCAUUGGCUACUUCUGAAUCAGCUCAACAAUCCAUUCACUCACCCAAAGUCACCAAUAACAAGCCAUCAUCUUCAGCGAGCAACAAAAAGUCUGAUGAUGGCUCGAAAAAGGAAGGAUCAACGACGGUCUGUACCAAUUGUGCUACAACCACCACACCACUCUGGCGUCGUAAUCCGGAAGGACAACCCUUGUGUAACGCUUGUGGUCUAUUUCUCAAGUUACAUGGUGUCGUUCGUCCAUUGAGUCUUAAAACGGAUGUUAUCAAGAAACGCAAUCGUAGCGGUGCAUCGAGUGCCAAUCGUAACGGGGAUGGAAUGAAUCGAGCCAACAACAGCAACAACAUCAGCAACAAUAAUAAUAACAACAGCAAUGGUAGUGGGAAUGGAUCAAGUGCUGCUGCUGCUACAAAAGGAAAGGCUAUUCUUCAAGCCAAUCCUGCAUCAUCCACCAUCAACAGCGGCGCUAAUGCAUCACAAGGAUCUACGAUGGGUGUGAUUGGAAAGCGUUCCAGUGGUACAGGCAUGAUUAAUAUUGCUCCCAAUGGCGGUAUCAAGGUUUCCAUGCAACCCAUUGCUACUGAUACAACAUCCUCUCCUACCACAACGACGUCACGACCCAUUGUCUUUGCUCAACAUCGUACAGCAUCCACGAAACGACAACGACGCCAUUCAUUGAGCAAUGAGGAAAAGGGAGCAUCUACAUCAUCAUGUUUGGAAGAGUCUUCGGGAUCAUCAUCAGCUAUUAUGAUUUCGGGAUCGAUGCCCAAUCAAUCCAUGUCUGCAAGUGAUCGAUUCAGGCAUAUGUUAUUACCCCAACAACAACAACAAUCAAGGAACAUUCUUCCAAACAGCCAACAACAACGUUUACCUCAACAUCCACCAUCAGCAGCAGCUGCAGCAGCGUCUUCGGUCAUGCCCACAGUGGGUAGUGCGCCAACAACGAGUUUAUCAUGGAUGGGAAUGAUGGCUGAUAACAGUAAUAAUCCAAACGCCUUUGGUUCUCCUGGUUCAUAUAACAGUGAAAUGUCUCAUCAUCCAUCGUUAUCAUCACUCACGCCCGAACAAUUACAACAAUUACUUCUUAUGCAACACGCCGCCGCUGCCGCCGCCGCUGCCACAUCAACAACGUCAUCAACACCGCCUUCUAUGAAUGCGAUGGAUCAUGAUCAUCAUCCUCAUCAGCACACUUGGUCAUGA